UUGAGUGUCCUUCUGCAGCAGCACAGAACACACUCAAGAAGUUGGAUAACCUGCCCGAGGCAUUAGCACAAUGCCAUCCGACUUCCUAACACCAUUUUUGGAACUGGAUGAUGAGUUCUGCAAGAAUUUCCGUGGGCUGGACAUGACAGAUGUCUCACCAGCCACCACGCAGAUGCAGCGCGUCGUGGGAUUUCAGCGUAGACACUCGCUGUGCCCUGUUACCCUGCGCAACUCAAAAUUCAACAGCUGUAGUGUGGACCCAGUCGGAGAGCCUGCCUGCUGGGCUCUUAGCAACACUACUACCCAGCAGUGGGGCCUGAAACACCAGCAACAGUUGCCCCGCUCGUCUCUCAACCACAUCCCGUUCCGCGUGGACCGUUCAGUCAGCAUGAUAGAGAGCCAUGUUAGUAACUUCGGGUCUUGCGAGCAGCAGCUCCUGAACACCCCUCCUCUGAUGCCCCCACCUGGCCUAAGUAUCAGCACCAGCUCGAUGUCAUCUCCAAAGUCCCUCGUCCUAUCCCCUCCCAUCUCAACCCGGUACAAAACCGAAAUGUGCCGCACUUACGAGGAGAGUGGCACCUGCAAAUACGGAGCCAAGUGUCAGUUUGCUCACGGCAUGGAUGAGGUGCGGGGCUUGAGCAGGCACCCGAAGUACAAAACCGAGCCUUGUCGCACAUUCCACACCAUAGGAUUCUGUCCAUAUGGUGCGCGCUGUCACUUCAUCCACAACGCGGACGAGCAACUCGGGCCCGACGGUGGACCGCCGCCUCAGCGACAAAAAAUGAGAGAACGCCCACAGCUGCUGCGUCACAGCAUUAGUUUUACUGGCUUUCCCUCAACUCAGGGGAUGAGCGGAUUCCACCCAGUUCCAGAGACAAUGCAUUUCGCUAGGGCUUCCUCUGUAUCACCCCCGCCCUGCACAGAUAGCCCAGAACUCCUGUCCCCAUUGAUUCCCGAGCCUGCGACACUGAAAAACAGCUAUCCGUUCUCUGCCGAUUUCGGAAACGACCUAAUCAAUAACAACCCUCAUUUUUACGCAAUCACUGACUCAAAGUACCAACCUGUCUGUGCGCAAAAGUCAGCCCCACAGAACUCCCACCGCAACGCCUUCACAUUCACUGGCCUGCCUGCUCUGCGGCGGUGCGCUUCACCUGACUCUCUCUCCGACCAGGAAGGCUACACCAGCUCGAGCAGCCUCAGCGGAUGUGAGUCCCCUGGCCUUGAGGGCAGACGUCUUCCCAUCUUUAGCCGCCUGUCUGUCUCAGACGACUGAACUUUAAAUGUGUGCAUAUUGCAUUAUCAUCCAAGCAGAGGUAGUUCUGCUCUAUGUUGUAAAGUUAUAGCCGACAUAUUUUUGUUAUCAUAACGUCCAUGUAUACUGUUGUAUACCCGUUUUAGCUAUUAUGGGUAACUCGCCUAAGCUUUACGUUAUCUGUGGUGUCCUCGCUGACAUAUUCUGUUGAGGAAUUGUCUGUGCCCCUUUAAAAAAAAUAGGUUUACUUUGAGCUUGCUUGAAGGACACAGCUAUUGUGCACGUGUGCUUCUUACAAUUUCAACGGUCUUCCCUAGACUUGCCUUUUAGCAUGUAACCAAAGCAUAGUAUAUUCUCCAGUAGGCCGAGAUAAUGUUGAAACCUAUCCCAAGAUGUACUGUAAAGAAAAUAUAGCCUUUAGUAAAGGCAUUUAAUUGACAGUAUUAUGAAGUAGUCUAACCAUAGGGCUUUUGGGGUAUUUAUUUAUUGUUUUCUGUAUGUUUUGCAGAGUUUGUUUAUUAAGAUUGUUAUGCAUUUGUAUAUGAUGCAGAACAUGCUUUAUGUCUGCCUUGUUUAAGCUACUAUAUCGCUUUAGAACUUUCAAUUGCUGAAGUGUAGACCUAGCCAGGAUCAUUUUGAAUACUAUCUAGUUAUGCCAAUGAGAGCAAUACUUGUAUUACCAAGUUACCUUAUUCAAUCAGUUAAUACGCUUAUUGUGCUCACUAGUCAUAGACAGUUAAAAUAAUGUGUUAGGUUUUUCGUAUUUACGUACCCAUCAAUGUGAGAAAUUAUAUUGGGUUCAUUAUUUGAAGACUUCUUUCAAAGCCCCUGAAAUAUUAAUCUAGUCUUGCUCAGUAAGACAGAAUUCCCAUUGUAUGAUUGACAUGAUCUUUGGUGUUAUGUGAGGUAAUACCAUAAACAACCAGGUGUAUUCAAUUACCAUUAUGACAAUGCAUGUGAAUAUGAAUUACGUCAACAUCUUAGUUUCUUGCACACAUUUAUUAGACAAAUAGUUAGAGAUUUAAGAUCGAUGAAUUACUAUGUGUAUUUUAUCUUAAAAUGAACUUUUCUUUUGUGAACCAAGGGCUUAUGUUUCUGCUCGUUUUCAGUAAGAAAGGACCGUGAUUGUCUUUAUGUUUCGGCCUGAAGUGUGACAGAAAAACAAACAAGGCUUUGCAUUUGUUAACUUAACUUAUUUAUUUUUGUUUUUCAAAACAAAAAACUAUAUUGUGUUGGUUUUAUAUUGUGUUGGUUUUAUAUUGUGUUGGUUUCUAUAAUUUAAGUGCAUUGUUUACAUUCCGUGGGACCUGAAGCCCUGUUCCUAUCUUAAUAUAUUUUACAUGCUUGGUUCAAAAUAAAACUCUUGGAAAUGA